AUGUUGACGCGCAAACUCGUGCCUGAUUUUGGGAUUUUUGAACAGCAUGGUGGCGGAAACGGACUAGUUUUGCAACAAGCACCAGAAGACUCUUCAAACAAUCAUUCCCUGGUGUUGGUGACUGCUGGCGAUGGCACUGAGGCCGUGUGGCUCGACGCGCUAGUAGCCAGUGCCGCACAGAAUACACACACCCGGAUUGUGAUUGUAGACUGUUGUGGCUCGGGUACUGAUCACGAUGCACGUGUGCUCCAGCGACUUGGUGUACCUUCUUCUUAUGUGGUUCGGGUUUCUCUUUCCCAAGUCUUACUAGGAGCUAACCGUGAGGAAGACGUGUACGCAAGUGCAUUAAAAGAAAUCAGCACGGUCGCUAAGGGGGCUGUUUUGGUGCUCCGAAACGCCGACUUUUUAAUCCCGAUGGCAGUAACACAGAACUCUGGCCCAGAUGUUGCGCGGUUUCUAUGGUUUGUGCGCAAAGUCGGGGUUCUUGCGCACACCGUGUACGUUCACAUGCGGGCACCUUUGUCAAGUGGGAUAAGCCCAGAGACUGGACACGACCGGUACGCAGUAGCAGCGAAAUGUGCAGCUACUGGAGUGGCGCAUGUGGCACAGGCUGUGGUCAGCGUGCGUGCGCUUGGUACAGGCCGGGCGGCAGAUGUGACCGGGACGGUGACGAUUGGUCGUGGGGGUGGCAGCGGAGUAAAAGUUGCAACCGGGACAUACCAAUAUUUGGUGACACACGACGGGGUCAAGAUAUUCUAUCUGUGA